AUGGCAGACGUAGAACAACAGCCAGACGCUUCAGCCGAGCCCCAGGCCAGACAUGUAACAUACUGCGGUGACGUCAUCAGUUUGUACACUGCCACCAGAGAAACACCCAACUACGACUGUGGCGACCAACUGCCUGACGAGUAUUUUUGGACAGAGGCGUUAGAAGCUGCAACCGCAUCCUUAUCCGUCGAAGCGCAAAAGAGAGCGGCCAAAGACGCACAGAAGAAGACUGCCAAGGCCGAGGCCGCCGAGGCGAAGCAGGCCGAUAAGAUAGCCAACAGCGUGAUUACCAUCAAGCGCAUUGAGCGGAAUAAGAAGAAGUUUGUCACGGCGGUCAUUGGACUGGAAGCGUUUGGUCUGGAACUGAAAAAGGUGGCCAAAGAUCUCGGCAAAAAGUUCGCCACUGGCUCGUCAGUGACCAAGCUGCCUAGUGGGGGCGAAGAAAUCGUAGUGCAGGGCGAUGUUAGCGACGAGUUGGAGGAGUUCAUUUUGGAGAAGUACAAGGAGAUACCCGCGGACAACAUCGAGCUUGUAGAUGACAAGAAGAAGAAAAAGGCAACGACAUAA